AUGGCGAUUUUCAAAAGGAAUCUACACCAGCAUUGUUUGCUGUUUUUUGUUUUGUUUAUUCCACUAUCAGGUGUUUUUUGUUUCAGUGAGCUCUCCUUCAUCACAGAACCCAGUGGUGUUGUAGUGAUACCCAGGGAUCCAGCGGUCCUGGACUGUGUGGCUCACGGACAGCCUCCCAUCAUCAUCAGAUGGCUGAGGAAUGGAGUCAGGCUAGCGGAGAGCGAGCGGCUCCAGUUCCUGCCCAACGGCUCGCUGUACAUACCUGAGGUCAGGAGAGACGGAGAGGAGUCGGACGAAGGGUUCUAUCAGUGCCUCUCCCAGAAUAGAUAUGGAGCCAUGUUAAGCCAAAGAUCCCGACUGACUAUCACAAAUAUCUCACCGUUCGUGGUGCAUCCCAUCCCUUUGGAGGUGACUGAGGGUUCCGUGGCCAGGUUCAGCUGUCAGGUGACCUCUGACCCUCCUGCCAGCGUCACCUGGGAGCUAGACCAAAGCACACUUCCGCUGGAGACAGACAGAAUCACAGUCCUGCCCAACGGAGUUCUCCAGAUUCAAAACGUCCAACUAGAGGAUGCUGGGAAGUACCGCUGUGUGGCCACCAACAUCGGCAACCGCGUCAAGAGCAGCGAGGCAACGCUCUCCGUUAUCAAACCAGGUGUUGGCCCUAAGCCCCGUCAGAGGCCCCGGAUCAUAGCGGGCCCCCAGAAUGUGACGGUGUCCCUCCACCACACUGUGGUUCUGGAGUGUAUUGCUACGGGCAACCCCAGACCCAUCAUAUCCUGGAGCCGAGCCGACAGUAAACCCAUUGACGUGCACAAUGCCAGGGUGCUGGGCAGUGGGAACCUGUUGAUCAGUGAUGUGAAGCCUCAGCACGGUGGAGUCUACCUCUGUAGAGCCACCACACCAGGAACACGCAACUACACCACCGCUGCUGCCAACCUCACCGUGCUAGAGCCUCCGUCCAUGGUGGAGAGGCCAGAGAGCCAGACCCGUCCCAGGGCUGGCACUGCCCGUUUCAUGUGCCAGGCUCAGGGCGUGCCCCCACCUCGCAUCACCUGGCUGAAGAACGGAGAGGAGGUGCACCUGAACGGCAGGAUCAAGAUGUACAACAGUAAACUGGUUAUCACUCAGAUCACCCAGGAGGAUGAUGCCAUCUACCAGUGUGUGGCGGAGAACGAACAGGGCAGUGUUCUGUCCCUGGCGCGCCUCAUCGUGGUGAUGUCCGAGGACCGGCCCAGCGCGCCCAGGAACAUCCGCGCUGAAACCGUCUCCUCCUCAGCCAUCCUAUUGGCCUGGGAGAGACCCAUCUACAACGCUGACAAAGUCAUCGCUUACUCUGUACACUACAUGAAGGCUGAGGGACUAAACAAUGAGGAAUACCAGGCGGUGAUUGGCAACGACACGACCAGCUACAUCGUAGAUGACCUGGAGCCAGCCUGGAGCUACUCCUUCUACGUCGUGGCCUAUGUGCCGAUGGGCGCUAGCCGUAUGUCUGAGCAAGUCUGUCAGCGCACCCUGGAGGACGUGCCCCUGCGUACCCCGGAGCUCAGUCUGACCAGCCACAGCCCUACAGACAUCCAUGUUUCGUGGCAGCCCCUGCCCACCAAACUGUCCCGUGGGAACAUCUGGGCCUACCGCCUCUCCUAUCGCACGGCUGCAGACGCCACGGUUCUGUCUGUGGAGCUGGCCCAGAACAACACCCAGUACCUCCUGGGAGACCUUCAGCCUGAUACCAUCUACCUGCUCCGGAUCGCUGCAGCCACCAGGGUGGGGUGGUGUGAACCCUCCUCCUGGACCUCCCACCGCACGCCCGACACCUCCAGUACUAAAGUGCCGCCAGCACCACUGUUGCAGCAACUGGAGCCUCUCAACUGCACCUCCAUCUUGGUUCGAUGGCAGCCAUCUCCAGGCUCCGUGGUCGUCCAGGGUUACCGGCUCUGUUACCACGAGGAGGGCCAACCAGAACAGCCCUCCAUCCAGCUCCAGCCUGAGGACACAGAAUACACCAUCAGUGGCCUGGACCCAAGGAGGAAGUACCAUGUGAAACUGUUGGCUUUAAGUCUUGUAGGAGAUGGUUACCAGGCCGACCAGACAGUCAGCAACCCAGGAUGUGUGUCAGUCCGAGAUCACCCGGUGGCCCAGCCUCCAGCCCCGGACCACGUGACUGCGGUGGCUAACAGCUCGUCAGCGGUGUACCUGCGUUGGAGCCGUCCUGCCUUCGCCUCCGGGAAGGCUGUCAGCUACACAGCUCGCUGUACACGCGUGGGCCUGACGAACGCGUCAGCCAUACGAUACGUACAGACUAUCAACCAGAGUGUGCUGAUACAGGGCCUGGAUCCAAACACCCGCUAUGAGUUAGUGGUACGUCUCCAUGCCGACCAGCUGUCCAGCCCCUGGAGCCUGGUUGUCUUUCAGAGGACUCUACCAGCAGCGCCCAGCCACCCUCCUGAAGGUGUGAGGGUGAGUCUGAUUGAGGACAGCACAGCCCUGGUUUCCUGGAGGGAACCAGAGGGGAACAACCUGGCAGUGACACAUUACACCAUCCUGUACGCCUCACAGACGGCCUGGCUGGCCAGACACUGGCAGACACUGCAGAGGGAGGGGAGCAACACCAUGGCCUUGCUGGAGCGUCUGGAGCCUGGUAACGUCUACCUGGUGAAGAUAUCUGCCUCCAACCAGGUGGGAGACGGGCCCUUCUCCGCCACUGUGGAGCUGGCCCUGGGGCCGGGGCCGAGACACAGAGGGAAGAGGCCCAGGCACUCAGACAGCGGCUCCUCCUCAGACACUACAGUGUUCUCUGACGGCCUGCAUCACAUGGACCAGAAUUCCAUGACAGGGAUCAUGGUGGGGGUCUGCAUCGCUCUGGCGUGUAUGGUUCUGUGUGCCAUCAUCCUCAUCAGCAAAGGCAGAUCCAGGAAAUCUUCCAUCUCUAAGAUCACUGACGGAGUGACCGGUGAGGGACCCCGUGGUCCACAUGCUGGUUUGGCCCUGGCCAAUGAACACCCUGCUGAGAACAUAGAGGCCCUGAUGCCCAUGAUGGCACAACACUUCAUUGAUGCCAAGUGUGGGACUAACCUAGUGAUUAGUAAAGCUGGUCCAGUCUGCGGCAGCAACCGCAGUAAGAGACGGCAGUUCUUCAGUAGCACAGCUGGUGCAGUCUGCGGCAGCAGUAAGAGACGGCAGUUCUUCAAGAGGGAAAGACACAAUAGAAAUACAAGCCAGGUUGAGAACAGAGCAUGUCUGUACGAGGCAGGGAAGACCAUUCUGUGUUACGAGGAGAGGGAGGGUGCACCGCCCCUCCAGCCCUCCAGCCUGCAGAUCCUGUUCGGGCCACUAGGGGGCUUGGAGAGCUCCGGGGGCUUCAGCUCCGAGGGAAGCAGCUCUGGAACCACUGAGACCAGCGAGGGGAGUCACGAGACAGGAGACUCUGGUCACUACUCCAACGAAGAGAUAAGCAAUGAGAUGAGCAAACCGUCCACCGCCAACUCAGGCCGUAACUCCAGGCCUCCGUCCUUCGGGUCGGAGUUGGAUGACAGCCCAACUCCAGAGGAGGAAGGGUGUUUUGAAGAGGAGGAAGAAGGAAAGCCUGGUUUUAAAGUGGAAUCUGAGGUGAUGCCACCAAGCCACCCCUACCAUCACCAACAUCACCUCCACCAGCAGCCCUCACGUCCCUGUUCCCUCUCGGCUGAGUGUCCAGGACACGGCCCUGUCAGCAAACUCGUCCUGGCGAUAGGCUAGCCAGCCUGAAUGUGGCUUAUUUACAGCUGAAGCAGCCCACCUUUCUCCCUUCUUCACCUCCUGAAAUAGGUCCUUGGACAAGGAACAUACAGUUACGAAGAGGGAUCAGGAAGUUGAAGAUUUAAGGAGGAAAUGGGUGUUCGCUUCAGGUCUA